AUGCCAAAAGCUGCACGCUCAUCGCGUUCGCGGAGGCAGGAUCUACCUAGGCCGUACCUUCCCAAUGCGAAAAUCGACGAAGACCAGUUCUGGCUGAGUACCGAACUAGGUUCUGGUACCUAUGGUGUGGUAUAUAAAGCUCGCGUUAUCCCACCAAAAGAUAGUGACCUGAUGACGAAGGAGGGUGGUUAUGAAGAGCUCGAAAGGCGAAAGAACGAAUUCCAGUUGGUGGCUAUGAAGGAGAUUAAAUUCACCAACGGGAGUACUGCUAUACCAAGCUCGGCCCUUCGAGAAAUGGGCCUCCUGAAAGAACUUAAACACCCGAACAUCAUAAGCCUGCUCCGAGUCGUGUAUCAAAAUUUCAAGCUCUUCUUGGUCUUCGAGCUCGCAACCGAAGAUCUGCACAGUUACAUUCACAGAACGAAGACGAAUGGCACCCGCAUAUCUGAGGCAACUGCUAAGGUCAGUUGA